CAGCAACAAGACACCUCCACCACACGACGGAUCCAAAAUUCCCCCGCGAUGCACCGCGAGUUGCGGACUUGUGACGCGUCAGACACGCAUGAGAUGGAGCCAAGCCACCACAGAUUUGGACGGCGAAGCUCUCCCGCGCUUUGCGUGCGCGCAAGACUCAAGUACCUGAAUAGCGGCAUUUGAGCGAACACGUCGCUGGGUCGAAGCCAUGGCGUCGCCAAAUGCCACCUCUAUUGAUAAAGACAACACCCGGAUGCAGCUGAGCGAUAUUUGAGACAAAAGCCAUCACAUUUGCCAGCUCCUCAAACCAAAGUCGCUAAUCAAUCUCAUAACAUUCUCAAUUAAUUGCCAAAACCCCCAAGCAUCUGCACCCAAUUCAACAUAAUUAUUCUCAUCCAACGUCUCGUCCCCAACUCGCCAUGUCUGCCCCAGAGUCCUCUGCGCCGAAGGCCGUCUUUUUCCUCGGCGCAACAGGCGGAUGUGGCUUCGCGGCGUUGCGCCGCUGCAUCGAAGCCGGAUACGCAUGCGUCGCCCUGUGCCGAGUGCCCUACAAGCUGACCGACAAGCUCUCGCCGAAAGAGCGCGAAGCGGUGCGCAUCGACGAGGGCAACGCCCACGGCGGCGACGCCGUGCGGCGGUGUCUUGCCCACCCGUCGCGCCCCGGCGCCAUGGUCGACUACGUCAUCUCGUCCAUUGGCAACGAGCCGUCGCUGCAGGGGCUGCGCAACGCCGACUCGGACGUCUGCCGGAAGGGCAUGGACGUGCUGCUGCAGGCAAUCCAGGCCCUGCGCGCCGACGGCGUCGCCGGGCGCCCGCGCAUCGUCGGCAUCAGCUCCACCGGCCUGAGCUCCUUCGCCCGCGACCUGCCGCUGCUCAUGGUGCCGCUGUACAAGGUCGUGCUGGCCAUCCCCCACCGCGACAAGAAGGCCAUGGAGGACCUGAUGAUCGCCAGCGGCGAGGACUGGACCGUUAUCCGCGCGAGCGGGCUGACCAACGGGCGAGUGACCGCCGGCGACAGCAAGGUGCGCGCGGGCAUGGAGAUCCCACAGGAGAAAAAGGUCGAGACCAAGGCCAUCGGCUAUACCAUCUCGCGUGAGGACGUUGGGAGGUGGAUCUUUGAGAAGAUAGUCCAGGAGGACCAGGCUCGCACGUGGGUGCAGAGGGUUGCGACCAUCACUCACUGAUUUCCUCGUCAUGUUUCCAUACCAAGCCCCCUUUUAAAGACCCCUAUCGUAUACUGGGUAAUGAUAAUCAAUCCAUAGAUACCCCUGCCUGUAACUACUAAUAUUGCAGAUGACUCCCUCCUCAAAAUACCUUUAUUUUAGUAACUUCAUUUAAUUACCUCGUCUGAAUGAUUCUGUCCUGAAUACGGUUGGUUUAGUGCAAAGGACUUUCUUGCCUGAAUGAACAUGGACCCAACCUUUGACCUUGACGGCGAC